AUGCAAGAAACAUUAAUGGAACAAGAAACAAAAAAUUUGGAUUUAACUAAAGUAGCAGCUUUACAGCAAAAGCGAACAUUAGCAUUUGUCAACCAUUUUGUGGUCACUACAGUGCAGUUUCUGAAUACAUUUGCAAAGCAAUGUGAAAGUAAACUGAUGCAAUUUGAAGAAAAGUUAGAAAAGGUUGAUGCUGCAAUGGUUUUAUUGGAAGCGAGGCUGUCUUCAAUUCCUGAAGUAAAUAAUUCAUCUCAAACAAAUGAAAGUGCUGAAGCUCUUAAUAAUUCUCCAAUAAAAACAGAAGAAGCAAAAGUAGAUAAUCAAGCACAAGGAAUUACAAACACAGAAGAUAAAGUUCCAGAAACUGAAGCCUCAACAACAGAUGUUUCAAUUCAAACAAAACCAGAAUAUGAGAGAUUUUUAAAAAUGAUACAAGUGGGUGUUCCUUUAGAAGCAGUCAAAUUAAAAGUAUCAUUAGAAGGUUUGGAUCCUAAUGUGCUAGAAAGUUUUUUAAAGAAAUAA